ACGCAACGCAUAUCAACGUCAUGUUCCUAUUGUCAAUCGUGAAGUGAAACGUCAAAACAAUGUGUUUAUUUCUGCUUUCGAGCAUAACCUCAAUCUUUACAUCGUAAAUAACGUGAAAACAAGUUGAAAUAGAAAAAUAUGGAUGAUUUACAAUUAAAUAUAUCAGUGCCUAAGAAGGACAAGAAAAAAGCAAGUGCGCCACAACAGAAUGCGGGUGAAUAUAAGUUUGUUUCGAACGCUAAGUUUACUGGAAAAACAAUAGCAAGAAAAAGACCGCAAAACUUAGCCCAGGCUAACCGAGAAGUAAUAAAAAAUGCUGAAGGACCGCCGAAAAAAGUGGCCAAAUUUCAACCACCCACCGAAGAAAAAUCUGACGAUUUGGGGGCAAAACUACGAGAUCUCAGUGAAAACAAAGGCAAAUAUCAAGGAAAGAACUAUCAGCAACUCAGUGACAAUAUACAGUUAAAACAGAAUAAGCCCCGGAGUGGUGGUUGGAUAUCUUCUCUUUUUAAGAACAAUCCGCAAGUGCCCCGUAUUGGGCAAAGGGCUGUAAAACCCAUUGUUGAAAAAGUGUUUGCUGGACAGACCUUCUCAGAUUUGAAUAUACAUCCGCAUACUGUUGCCAACUUGCAGCAAAAUCUUGGGUUGAAAGAACUAAUGACAGUUCAACAGAAUGCAGUACCUGUGUUACUGCAAGGCCGAGAUGUUCUAAUUAGGUCCCAAACUGGCUCGGGAAAGACACUGGCUUAUGCAUUGCCAAUUAUAGAAGGACUACAGGCAAUAAGACCUAAAAUAAGUAGACAUGAUGGCAUCAGGGUUAUUGUGGUCAUCCCAACCAGAGAGUUGGCCGUUCAAACUUAUGAACUUUUUGUUAAACUAGUCAAGCCUUUCCAUUGGAUAGUUCCUGGUCUAUUGAGUGGUGGUCAAAAAAGGAAGGCAGAGAAGGCCCGACUUAGAAAAGGUCUCAGUAUCUUAGUUGGUACACCAGGUCGGAUCAAUGAUCACUUGAGACAUACACAAUCCUUAAACUUUGCAAAAACUGGUUGUCUAGUUUUGGAUGAGGCUGAUCGUUUACUAGACAUGGGUUAUGAAAAGGAUGUAGCUGCAAUUGUUAAAGCUAUCGAAGAUCAUAAGAAAGCCGCCACAUAUGAUCCUAUGGCUCUAGUUAAACAAAAUAUAGUAAAGAAAAUUCCUGACGAGGAAGAGGCAAAGCAGGAGACAAAUGAAAGUGAAAAUGAUGAGAAAUCAGAUGUAAAACAUCAUUUAACAGAAGUAUUUUUGUCUAAGGAAAAACAGACUAUAUUACUAUCAGCUACACUUACUAAGGCAGUAGAGAAUUUAGCUGGAAUAACAUUGGUGGAUCCCGUAUUUGUUGACACAUCGGAGGGCAAAGCUAUUAUUGCAGAUUCACUAAAGGGCAAAGAAGACAGUGAAAACGUUAUUAGCAAACCAGAAGUACCAGUACCAGUUAAGGUACCGGAAAAACCUAAAGCAGUUAAAGCUGAAGCAAAAUCAAGUCCUGAAAAGAAAGAAAUACCUGUAGACGCUAAGAGAGGUCUAAAGGCAUUCACUGGUUUUAACCACCAAGAGCUAUUCAAAGCUGAAAAUUCUACUGACAAUAAUGACGCAAAAAUAGAAACAGCUACAAACAACGCCGCGGAUGACGACAGUGACAGUGACUCAGACUACGAAUACUUUAAAGCACAGAAGAAAUAUGAACUUACACAUCCUAAAGUAGAAAAGAAAGCCGACGAUGAUGACGAUGAUGAUGAUAGUGAUGAUGAUGGCGAUGAUGAUGAACAACCGUCUUCAUCCGUCAAUACCUUCGCUGAUGCUCUGAAAAGUGCCAUAGGUGAAGAUGAGCUAGUACUGCCUGCAACAGUAAACCAAUCAUUCAUUAUAGUUCCAAUGAAACUAAGAUUGGUCACACUUUGCGGACUGAUCGUCGAACACUGCGUCAAUAAUAAAAAAGGUGGUAAAAUGAUAAUAUUUAUGGCAACACUAGAAAUGGUUGAUUAUCAUUCAGAUCUAAUAGAGACUGUGCUAACGGGAAAAGAAGUUAAGGUUAAAAAGAAAGGUCAAGAGAAAGGGAAGAACUCAAAAUCUGGAAAAAGAAAAGGCGAUGAUGAAAAUGAUGACGAUGCUCAAUCAUCAUCAUCGGAAGACGCGGAAAAAUUCCAAGUGGACUAUGAAGAGCCUUCGGAAGGUGGACUAGUGCCAGUUGAUCUGGAGAUGUUCAGCUUACACGGCUCCAUGCCUCAUGAACAGAGAAUGGAGGUUUUCAAACAGUUCCGCGCGGCUAGGUGCGGGGUCCUCAUAUGUACUGAUGUUGCGGCCAGAGGUAUAGAUAUCCCGCGAGUGGACCUCGUCCUACAGUACUGCGCGCCGGCCUCUGCCACCGACUAUGUGCACAGGGUGGGUCGUACAGGCCGCGCGGCGCAAGUGGGAGCCGCUGUGCUGUUCUUGCUGCCCAGUGAGACGCAUUUCAUCAGGCAUUUAGAACAGAAGAGAAUCAGACUGCGUCAGACGGACGAGUCCCGCGCUCUAGAAGCGUUGCGCACGGUGGUCCCGGCGGCCGCGACCGCGCAGCGCGCCGCCGUCGCGGUGCAGGCGCGCCUCGAGCGCACCGCACACACCAACACCAACUGGCUGCUCAGGGCCAGUCGUGCCUACACAUCCUGGGUACGUUUCUACUCGGGCUACCCUCGCGACGUUAAAGAGUACUUGGACGCGAAGCAGCUACAUCUCGGGCACGCGGCCAAGGCGUUCGCCCUGAGGGACGCCCCCGCGACGCUUGCGCGCCGAGUCAAGUCCAACCCUAGCAAUAAGGAGAAACCCUCCAACAGACUUACCAUACAUAAGGAUGAAGAGAAGAAACGGCCAGGAUUCGAAAAAGCAAAGUUCGGUUCAUUUGGAAGCCGCGCCGCUCAGAGACAGAGCUCCAUGCACACGGCCAGCGAAUUCGAUAGCGGAUUGUCCACCCUCGACCAAUCCCAGCCCAAGAACAAGAAAAAGAAGAACAAAUGACAUUUAAAUAACAUAAGUCAUGCGAUUUAAUAUUAAAAAGGACCUUUGUAAAUAAAAACCAUUAACGACGCA